UUGCAGAUUUUUCCACCAGAAGAUUGGUUGAUUGCAGCAUCUAUGCCAUCAAAGUUUUCGCCAGAUGCUAUUCAGAAUAUUUUAAAUGAAUUGACUCCUGAGAAUGUAAGGAUAUUCUGGGAAUCGAAAAGGUUUGAAGGACAAACAAACUUAACAGAGCCAUGGUAUGGUACAUCGUAUUCUGUUGAAGCUGUCCCUCCAUCCAUUAUACAGAAAUGGUUAGUGAAAGCCCCUGAGGAAGAUUUACACCUGCCAAAACCUAACAUCUUCAUUCCACGUGACCUCUCAUUAAAAAAUAUAGAGGAAAAGGUAAGUGUUCCUUUCAUGCUGAGGAAGACACCGUUCUCCAGAUUGUGGUACAAGCCCGAUACAAUGUUUUUCACACCCAAAGUCUAUAUCAAGAUGGAUUUUCACUGUCCACUGUCCCAAAGCUCACCCGAGUCAGCAGUUCUUACUGAUGUAUUCACAAGGUUGCUAAUGGAUUAUUUAAAUGAUUAUGCUUAUGACGCUCAAGUUGCUGGCCUUUAUUACGCUGUUAAGCCAAAUGAUACUGGUUUUCAGGUAACUAUGGUUGGAUACAAUGACAAAAUGAGAACCCUUCUGGAGACUGUUAUUGACAAAAUUGCAGAGUUUGAAGUUAGGGUUGACCGUUUUUCUGUGAUAAAGGAAGCUAUGACAAAGGAGUAUGAGAAUUUCAAAUUUCGGCAGCCAUAUCAGCAAGUCUUGUAUUAUUGUUCACUGAUGCUAGAUGACCAAGCAUGGCCAUGGGAUGAGGAAUUUUCUGCACUCUCUCACCUUGAAGCUAGUGAUCUGGGAAUUUUUUUGCCUCAUUUGCUGGCAAAGACUUUCAUCGAGUGUUAUUUUGCAGGUAACAUUGAACCCAAUGAAGCAAAGAGUGUCGUCCAGCAUGCCGAAGAUGUCUUGUUCAAUGCACCCAUUAGUGUUUGCAAGCCAUUAUCCCCAUCACAGCAUCUUGCAAAGCGGAUUGUAAAGCUUGAAAAGGGUUUGAGAUACUAUUACCCAGCAAUGUGCUUGAAUCACCAAGAUGAAAAUUCUGCUCUUCUGCACUAUAUUCAGGCACGCGUUUUAUACUUUUCAAAAAAAAAAAAUGUUCUACUUCAUCUACUUGCACUUAUUGGCAAGCAACCAGCUUUCCAUCAAUUGCGAUCAGUUGAGCAACUUGGCUACAUAGCACUGCUUAGGCAAAGAAAUGAUUCCGGUGUCCGCGGGUUGCAAUUUAUAAUCCAGUCAACUGUUAAGGAUCCUGCCAAUCUGGAUGCUAGAGUUGAAAAUUUUCUUAAGAUGCUUGAAAGCACCCUUUACGAGAUGUCUGAUGCAGAAUUCAAGAGUAAUGUCAGCGCUCUUAUUGAUAUGAAACUGGAGAAAUACAAAAACAUACGCGAGGAAUCAGCAUUCUUUUGGGGAGAGAUUUCUGAAGGAACCCUCAAAUUUGAUAGAAAAGAAGCGGAGGUUGCUGCACUGAGGGAGCUCAAGAAGGAAGAGUUGAUAGACUUCUUCAAUGAUCAUGUGAAAGUCAAUGUCCCACAAAAGAAGAUUCUUAGUAUACAAGUGUACGGUGGUCUCCAUACUGCCGAGUACCAAACGAUCGUGCAAAAUGCUCCACCACCGCAAUCAUGUGAGAUAACUGAUAUAUACAGCUUCAGGAGGUCAAGGCCUUUGUAUGGAUCGUUCAGGGGAGGUGUUGGGCAGAUGAAGUUAUAGGACAACCUUUUCUUUUCUUUUGCGAAAAACUGAAAAAUAAUCUGUGUAAUUGGCACU